AUGCGAUCUCAACGACUGGUAGUCUGGCUAGGGACUUUUGUCCUUGUUUCGCUCAUUCUGCUCUUUGUGCGAAAUUCCAAUUCCUCACCAGACACAUCGAGUUUUUCACCCUUGCCUGAUCCCCGUCCAACUUCCAAUUUGCAACAGCCCGACCUCCCGCCAAACGAGCAGCUUCUUCAGCAAUCAACGUAUCACAAAGACCUAACGCCUGCAGGGAAGCAUCCGAUCGCUGCGUUAAGCGAUAAUGCAGGUCAAAAGUUUGACCAAAUACGGUCCAGCCAGUCCAAGACUCUGUCACAAGCUGUCAGAGAAUACCGUCGCCGCUAUGGAAUGCAUCCCCCACCGCACUUUGACAAAUGGUUUCAUUUUGCUCAAUCCAAAGGAGUCCAAUUGAUCGACGAGUAUGACACCAUCUAUCAUUCCCUUCUUCCAUUCUGGGCUCUGGAACCGAAGACUAUCCGCGGGCGGGCCCGCGAGACUCUCGGGUUCGAUAACUCCAUGAUCGGAGUCUUGAUCCGGAAUGGGACCAUCUCCUUGACCGAGGGAGGGACCGAUGAAAAAAAGUGGCAGCGCAGUGCUACGGCUCAAAUGAUCAAAAGCUUCGCGGAGUACUUACCCGACAUGGAUCUUGUCUUCAAUGCUCAUGAUGAACCACGGGUAAUCGUCCCGAGUGAGGAUCUUCAGCGGCUGGUCACGAUUGCCCGAGAUCAUGCUAUCCCAGAUGCAUACUCGACUGAGGAGCCGAAGAAUGCGUGGUCCGAUCGACCGUCGGACCUGAACAAGGGCGAUCGGAUCGAUGAAGUGCGCACCACGCGUUUCAGUCGGUUCUCGCACCAGUCAACAUGGAGUUACUCUCGGUCCUCCUGCCCAGUUAAAUCUCCAGUCCGGUCGCUUGAUGAAGACCCGAUGGAUAACAUCGACUCCUACGCUGAGGGCGAGCUAGGUUUCAUCGCGAACAUGACCGCGUUCUCGGACAUCUGCAACACCCCUUCCCUGCGAGAUACAUACGGAUUCUUUGACCGGCCUAAUACAUUUGAGGUCGUUCAUGAUCUAUUUCCCGUUUUUUCUCAGAGCAAGAUCUCGAGCUAUCAGGACAUACUUUACCCAAGUCCAUGGUAUUAUGCAGAUCAGGUGCCGUACGAGGCCGCUCGGGACUUCGAUUGGGACGCGAAACUUGACAAGAUGUACUGGCGAGGAUCUACCACUGGAGGAUACUCCCGAGCUGGAGGCUGGCGCCGCCAGCAUCGGCAACUAUUCGUGCGCAAUGUGAUUGCUCGGGACACGGCGAAAGUACUCGCGAAGCGAGAGGACGGCCAGUGGACAUCCACUGAGAUCGACCGAUCAUCUCUUGACGACCUAUUUGACAUUCACUUUACGUACAUUGGGCAAUGCGACGCAGAAGACUGUGCGUCGCAGCGGGAAUACUUUGGUGUUGUCGAACCCGUUGACCAGCAAGACGCAUGGGCCUAUCGACAUUUGGUUGAUAUCGAUGGCAAUGCCUUCAGUGGCCGAUUCUAUGCCUUCCUACGAAGCAAGAGUCUAGUAUAUAAGAUCUCAAUCUUCCGCGAAUGGCAUGAUGAAUGGCUCAAGCCCUGGGUUCACUAUGUUCCCUUGCGACUCAGUGGAGAUGACUAUCUGGAAGCUGUCCGUUACUUCGUCCAGGAAGAAGAUGGGAAACUUAUAGCCCCGAAGAUCGCGCAGCAGAGCCCUCGCAAUCGACUCUGGGACCUCUCACAGAGUUGGGCAGGCUUUCAUCACCAUAUCCUUACUCUGCGGAGCGGGUUCAAAUUCCACUACGUUUGCAAUGACGGCCCCGGACAGCAGAGCGCCACCGACCCACAGAGACCGUUGGUCGUGUUCAUCCACGGUUUCCCCGACAGUUGGGCCAUCUGGCGCCAUCUUCUUACCUCACCUGCUCUUCAACAUGCUGCGACUCUGGUUGCAGUCGACAUGCCCGGCUAUGGAGGCAGCGAUCGGCUCGAUCGAUACUCGGCCACGAAGGUGCUCGAGAGCUUGACAGAGUUCGUGAUUGCGAUUCGGGCCAAGUACGGAGCGGACACGGAGACUGCGGUGCGGCAGCGCAAGGUUAUCAUUGUCGGACAUGAUUGGGGCUGUGUGCUCUCGACCAGACUGGCGUCUGAAGCUCCUCAAUUAGCAGAUCGCUUUAUCCUGACCAAUGGACCAAUCCCGGGUCUCGCCCGGGCUAACAUUGCUCGUCAACUCUCUUCCUCGCUCAAAAUGCUCAAGACAGCACUGCGCGACCCGAUCCACUCCCGCGCGACGCUUUGGAAAGUGGUCCACACGCUGCAGCCCGUUGGUCGACAGUUGCUCCGCUCCGGAUACAUCUUUGCCAUGAAACUGCCCCUGUUCCUAGUUCGGUAUCUGGGCCGAGGCGGCAACUACUCGUUCCUGAAACUCAUCCAUCGCUCGUCGUACGGUCAACAAGAGUUCACACCUCGGGAUGCCGCAGAGUGCAUGGCCAGCACCGUAGGGCCGUCCGCAGCGGAAUGCCAAACCCAGACCGCGGAGGGCGAAUCGUAUCCUGCAUUCAUGAAAGAAGAUCGUGGGCUAUUGACCUUCCAGCAUAUGACCGCCUACUACCGAGAUAACACCGGGUUUGGACGCUGGAACAAGUCAGUCGAGACGAUUACGUCGCUGCACCGCAUUGAGGACGCGAACGCGGCUCACCGCACCAGCAGUGGAGCUGGUCUGUUUGACGAGGGCCCCAAGGGGUCCCUGAAAGCUAGUGCGACUGUCAUUUGGGGCAAGGCCGACAUGGCCUUGGAGCCCGUCUUGUGCCUGGAUGGUAUUGCAGACUACCUCGUGCGAGACAGCCAGGUUGUCGUCAUACCGGGUCUGGGCCACUUCACCCCAUUGGAGCGACAGGGCCAGCUUGCACUAGAGAAGACAGUCGAGUGGACUAUGAAGGGCGAGAAGGAGGAUAUUGGAGCCGUUUUGCAGAAAUGCUCUCCCAAGGCCGCGAUCGUAUACGAUGAGCUAAUUCCCGUGAACCCGCUGACGAAUUUGACCCCGGCGAAUCUUUGGCUUAUGGACCGGCCGGACUUAAUCGCCACCUUCACCAAGAUCGAGCUAUGGCGCCAAACACAGUUCAAGCGCAUCAUUUAUCUCGAUUGCGAUAUUGUCGCAAUCAGAGCGCCCGAUGAGCUCCUGGAGCUGGAAGUCGAUUUCGCGGCCGCUCCCGAUGUGGGCUGGCCCGAUUGUUUCAACAGUGGUGUCAUGGUGCUUCGUCCCAAUCUGCAGGACUAUUUUGCGCUGAGGGCGCUGGCGGAGCGAGGCAUCAGUUUCGACGGCGCCGACCAAGGGCUGCUGAACAUGCACUUCCGCGAUUGGCAUCGGCUGAGCUUUACGUAUAACUGCACUCCAAGCGCCAAUUACCAGUACAUCCCCGCCUACAAUCAUUUCCAAAGUACUAUCAGCAUGAUUCAUUUCAUUGGUGCUCAGAAACCGUGGAAUAUGGGCCGGCAGGUUCAGCCCAUUGACUCUCCGUACAACAGAUUGCUCGGACGUUGGUGGGCUGUGUAUGAUAGUCACUACCGUCCUGUCGUGAGCAUACCUGUUGAUGUGACUGGCAAAAAGUUACUAGCUCGGCAGACACAAUCGGAAGGCUUCACGGGAUUAACACAUGGCCAGCAGUAUGCGCAUGCUCGCGAAGGCCCAGCUACAGUUGCACCUUUCGAUGUGCGGUUAGCACACCCACAAGAAUCCUUAGAGCCACCUCCGGCCCCUUGGCAACAAGCAGCGCCAGCUCAUUCGACUGGUUCGGUACCUGAGUAUCGACCCCAUGGCGCUUCAGAGGUGUCUGAUGCCCAUGUUCCACACCAGGGACCGAGUGAAUCCGCUGAAGGAGGAAUUCCCCUAGAAGGUUCAUCGUCGGGCCAGGAACAACGGGCAGCAGGACAGCACGAAGAAUCACAUCCUGAGAUACCACACCAUGAGCUGGAACAACAUGAUAUAGUAUAUCACGGAACAUCCCACCAAACUGAAGUCCAUCGCGAGCCAGGAUACCAAAGUGUACAUGGUACAGCAAAGGAAAAAGCACAUCAAGGCGACGGGCGUCAUGGAGAAGUGCACCAAGGUGAAGCACCUUAUACUCAGAUACAUCAUUGGGGUUCCAAACAUGAGGCCAGACACCACGAGGCGGAACAUCAGGAGAGCCACGUGCACGUCCCACCUCCUUUCCGGAGCGCCGUCCCACAAUAUGUCCGUGGAGAAGAGCAUGUGGCGGCGUAUAUCCACCCGCACUCCAGUCAAACCUCUUUCCAUGUUCAGUUUGAGCCAACUACCCAUGGCCAAGGGGGCAGUUCAUCAGGAGCCCCGUCAAGGCCGUUACAGGACGAACCCCACCAGUAUCAGCAACCAGCGGAACUUAUUCCUCAACAGCAACACGCGCCAAUGUCGCCAAAGCCGGAAGUACAAACUCCCUUUGACCCCCCGAAGGCCGAAUGGGAUGCGUCGAAGGAACCACCACCGUUGAACACCAAACCGGAGGGAUUCGCUUUGACAACAAAGACAUACACCAUGUCAGAUGACCAGCAGCUCUUCCAACCACCACCAUCCUACCCGGAAGCGCCCAAAAAUAUGUACUACGAAGUCCCUAGUACCAAGCCUGAACCAGAAAAGCUCGCACAGCUGUUCCCCUGGGAAAGCAAUGCGCCUAGGCCGACCCGUGUAUUUCCCGAAGACGACGAAGGCCCAGUGAUAGCGAUUCCACAGGCUUUUCUAGAGUCGACGGGGAGGGAGCUCGGGCCUUUAGCGCCGUCGCGGGAUACUUCUUGGACUUGGAAGCCUGAGGAGCCGGCUGAGUCGUGGGAACAGUACACUCGCUCAAAUGCUUGGGACGCAGUCCCAGAAAUUCAACGCUAUAUAUCUUCUAUGCAGCAGGCUCGCAAAGCCCCGGUUCAGGUCCUUACUGGAGGCCCGUCGAACACGGAAGCAAGAGAUGUACUAGUCACAGACUUUCCUAGCGAGCAGGAACGGCCGAGUCUGCCCGUUACCCCGGCGCCUAUUCGUCGGCGACCUGGGGAACGGUCUUCCUCCGAUAACGACCUACUACCCUCGGCGCAAGGGGUGCCAAGCCAGGAGGACUGGAACCCUUCAGCCGGCCUCGAAGAGCUUCGAAUGCGUCGGUCCGAAGUCGUGGAUCAUUCAGAUAUACUUUCCGAACGGAUAUUGAGCAGCAGUUCGAUUAUUUCGGAUCGAGUGCAUCCCGGCGAACGAACUAAUGACUGAUUAAUCGGUUUCUUCUGAGCAUUGUUUCCAGCAAUUACUGAUCAUAGUUUAGCCUUUUUGUAGUUUCGCUCUUUUCCUCACUGUUCCAUUGUUGUUCUACUACUCCAUCGUCGUCACUUUGCAGUUUGCAUUGUUCCUCUGUGACUAUUAUUGUUACGCUUUGGCAUUUGUACAGUACCCCGCGUGAUAUUAUGCAUAUGCAUUGAUAGCAGUGUACGUUCUUCAGCAGGUGUAAAGUCUCAGAUUGUCACAUGCUCUUGCAUGAGGAGUUAGUUUUGUGCUUAUUGCUACUUAGCAUUGAUGCAAACCAAUAUGUACUUCCCUGC